UUGACUUGUCAUAAGUAUUCUUAUCACUCAGCAUUGCUUCGAUUUUUGAGAUAUAACCGCUCUUAUCCAAAGCAACGUGACAUCACCCUUAUCCGCUUUGGUGAAAAUGAUAUCCGGAUGAUCUUUCAUAAAAUUUCUUUAGAAAAAAAAGUGUAUAAUUGACAACAAGCAUACGGACACUGUUACUAUUAAGGAAAAAGAGAAGUGCUGGCAAGACAUAAGCCGUGAGUUUAAUAGCAGAUGCAUACAAUCAAACCGAAAUGUGACGUCGCUAAAACAUUGCUGGGACAACUUAAAAAAAAACUCGACAACAUUUCGCGGAAAUACGCAAACAAGUUUUUGCAACAGGCGGCGGAAAGAUGACUGUUUCUGAUGACCCGAUAGCCGAAAGAGUCAAAUCUAUUAUUCAACCAUCGGUCGAUGGUUUAAAGAAUCCAUUUGACAGCGAUCAUGUAGGAGACCUAGAUGACGGAAAUGUGAAUCAGAAUACAAGCGACAAUGACGAUGUGUUUGAGGUUGAGACACUCGAUGAAGCAUAUUUGACACAGAAUUGGACUGACACUUACACUCCGGCAUUCGACACAUUGCAUUCGAUGAAAAGUAUUAAAUUACAAGUUCCGGCAUACGACAAUAAAGAAAAUGCAGACUCGGACCUUCUUUCAUAUGCUGAAGUAGAGACAGCUACAAGAACAUCGUCGAAAGAAAAUCGAAACCCUGUAAGUUUGAUUGUAAAACAAAAAUAUGUGACACCGAAUUGGACUGAUUGGACUCCGGCAAUAUUGCGUUCAAAGAAGAGUACUGAAUUACAAGUUCCGCCAUACGACAAUGAAGAAAAUGCAGACUCGGAUCUUCGUUCAUAUGCUGAAGUAGAGGCUAUAAGAACAUUGUCAAAAGAAAAUCGAAAUCCUGCAAUUUUGACUGCAAAAAAAAGACUGUAAAGCGGGGAAAACAGACGAGAAUAAGCGCUGUAAGACGCAACCAAUGUUUUUAUGAUUUAGCUCAAUCUAAAACUGAAUUAGUCGAGUUAAUGAAAGAAGAUCUCCGUGCAAAAUCUAAAAUAGAAAUAGAUAUUUUAAAAACACAACUACAAAAAGAACAACUAGAAGUUGAACUUCUGAAAAAACAAUUUCAAUCAUAUGAGAAUUAACUUUAUUAUUUUUAUGUAAGUUUAUUUAUAACACAUUUCU